UUGUCAAAAUUUUAACAAAUUUGUUGUAGACUUUCUAUAAAAUAUUUUUAACUGAAAAUAAAUGGAAAAUACCAAGUGUUUCUAAAAAAAAUCAUGAACUGUUCAUAAAGUGUACGUUAGUUAACUGCUUAACGCAUACCGAGAUAAAUUAGUGUGGUUUGUUUUAUUUAAAAAAAGACAAAAUUUACAAUAAUGGAUGGGACUUGGGUACUGAUCCUUCUAGCUUUAGUAAUGCUAGUUGGGUCUUAUGUUGCCGGGAGUAUACCUCUAAACGUGAGCAUGUCAGAGGAUAAGUUGCUCAAAGUGACAGUAUUUGGAGCCGGUCUGCUUGUCGGGACAGCAUUGGCUGUGAUCAUUCCGGAGGGGGUGCGAGCUCUGUUCGCCGAGCGUACUGUUCUCGUGACGAAGGACUACACGCCCGAACCGAGUCGACAAGAUGAUCUUCAUUCUGUUAUUGGAAUAUCGCUUGUGUUGGGUUUUGUCUUCAUGUUAAUAGUAGACCAAAUGUCUUCAAAGUAUAAUGAUGCAAGUAAUCCCACUGAGAAGAACAUCACCGCUACCGUCGGACUGGUGGUACAUGCGGCUGCUGACGGUGUAGCUCUCGGGGCUGCCGCUACCACUUCCCAUGCGGACGUCGAGCUGAUCGUUUUCCUAGCGAUAAUGUUGCACAAAGCGCCCGCCGCCUUCGGUCUUGUUACGUUCUUACUGCACGCUGGCUUGGAAAGAAACCGUAUAAGGAAGCAUCUCCUGGUAUUCUCGUGCGCCGCGCCGCUCCUUGCCGUCCUCACGUACUUCGGUAUCGGAAACGAGAGCAAGCAGACGUUGAGUGACUUCAAUGCUACCGGUAUUGCGAUGUUGUUUUCGGCGGGAACGUUUUUGUAUGUAGCAACAGUGCACGUGUUACCUGAACUCACACAUCCGCAUUCACACACACAUACACUGUUACCCCUCCAAGAUGGCGUCCCCACAAAGAAAGGUUUUGGCGGUUUACAGCUCUGCGAGGUUAUAAUAUUAGCGAUCGGUGCAAUGUUUCCAGUACUUCUGACUAUGGGACACGAACACUAGUUUAUUUAAAAAAAUAACGGACUUCUUAUAGAAAAAAAAAUCAAAAUUCGAAUUUCGAAUUCGGAGCAAAUAAGAAUUUAUCGUUGAUAAUCUGAGCCCGUGACUUCUGUUGCAUUUGGAUUUGAUGUUUUUCUUUUUUUGAAAAACAUCAAAUUACAGGCAGUGACUAAGCUGGUGAUGUUUGCACAAACCAACAGAUUACAUAUUAAUAAAAAAAUGACGAUUUGGUCAAAUAAAAAAAAAAAUAGACACAAAAAUCUAUUGGUGCGUUUCAAAAUAAUCUUUAGAGCUAGUCAUUAAUCACAGACUCUCAUUCACCGUAGAAUACAAUCUUGAAAUGCCAAAAGGUUAUAUGCGAUAUUGGUAAUAAUUAUAAAAUUUAAAAGACAAACGCAUCAAAAUAGCGUAUCAACAGAAAUCACUAUACGACAUUUCACGAGUGUGAUAUGAUGUGAAGUUCUUUCGGAAUAGCAUUGCAAUCUGUGCUUAAUAAUUUCAAAAAGUAUUAUGUAUAAACGAACUCAUAUUGAACGACUGUCAUGCCCAUAGAGGCUUUAACAUUAUGACGUUAUGUACAUUCGAAAACGAUAACACGUCAUCAAUUGACGUUUAAAAAUUUUAGUUUUCUUUUAAGUGUAGAUAUUUCGCGAUUACAUUCGUUUUAUUCUGAUAAAAAUAUAAUAAAAUCCACUGUUCAUAAUUACAAUGGAAGAGAUGCUUCAUUAAAAGAAGUUGAAAUAUCAUAGCGCCAGUGGCGCCACGUGGCCAAUUUUUCAAUUUAAAGCAUUCCAAUUUUCAAAGUCUGUCUCAGAUAUGAGAAACGCCCAUUAAAUAGUGAAAAUGAUCAUUAAAAAUGAUGGUCUUUUCGGUACAUGUGACCGCAGACGUGCAACGUUUGAAAUGUUCUUGUUGAUAAAAUAUCUUAUUAGCGUCAAUAGUACAACUGUAAACAGGUUAACCAGUGAUAUAGAAAUCGUUGGUUCUAUCCACACUCCUACAGGCUUGAACAGGAUAUAAUGGGAAUAUUGGUAAUACAGUGAAUAUGUGAUAAUGAUAAUUAAAAAAACGCGUUAAUCCCCAUUACAAAUGACUCGUUUGAUUCAAACAUUGCAUCUAAAUAAUAAAGCUUUCUGAUUGGUCGUUAUUGCUCGUCUGCGAUUGGUCAGUCGACGUGUUUAAUUGCUCAUUGGUAUUCAAUUUACCAAAACAAGAUUCCUAUUGUAUGAAUUUAUUAUGUAUUUUGAAAUUAUUUGCUUAUUUAAUUAUAAUUUAAAUUAAGAUAUUAUAAUAAUUAUCUUUUAAAUUUUAUCAACAUUUGUGAUGUAAAAUUUUGACCUUCUCUUCUAAAUAUUUGAAAUCGACGUCAAUCAAACAAUUUCAACUUUGAUAUAUAAGGCUGUGUAUGUCAUUGACUGGCUCGUCUAGUGGCUAGAUGGGUAUAGCAGUGUUUCCCAACUAAUGUCUAAAAUUUUUAACCUUUAAAAAUUGUUGUUCCCUUAAGAAAUAUAAAUAAUAAAUUUUAGGAAGAAAUCACUAUGAAAUUAUGGUGAAUCCCCGACGAAGUUUACUUGACGACUCUAAUUACCCAGUUGAUAUUUUGGUAAUGUCAAACGAAAUUAUACCUGAUAAUUAUUUACAGCAUUUUUUUAAGAAUUUGCCUUUUGUUGUUAAAUUUGUCACCGAUAUCAUUGCAUUUAAAUAACUCAAAGCGAAAGGGUUAACGUCGUGUCGAGUCCAUUUUUAAAUUGCCCCCCUUAACUAUCAAAUUGCUCCUUUGUGGGGUGUGGACCCCACGUUGAGAAACACUGGUGUAUAGUGUGGUAUACACUCCCAUGCAGAACCAGGAAGUCACGUGCUUUACGUUAGGCCGUUGAUCCUGCGUCUGAACUCUUUCCGGUCUUUUUUGUCGAUUAUAAGAGUGAGGAAAUAGAGAGUGCACCUAUGUUUACGAACUUGAGCACUAUAAUAUGUCCGGCGCAAUUAGCUAUUCGCCCUUGAAACUGGCCACCGUAGCCGAUAUGAAGAUUAAUAUGUGUUUAAUUAUAAUACAAGAUGGAUGGACCUCAUAAUUUUGGUGUUGUUUUUUCUUGGACCAAAAUAGUGCUAAAAAGCGUAUCAACUUCGAACUGUAUCUAAAUGUAGGAUAAAAUUUUAUGUCACAAUUUUAAACAUUUUUAAUCUGUAGCAUAUUUUUUUAAAGAAUCUUGCUUAUUAUUAUUAUUUCUUUUUAAUUAUU